AUGAAAGCAUCAUUUAGGGAAUUCUCAUCAUCUUCUGACAUAUCAGGUAGUACAGCCACAAGUAGCCAGCCCAAAAAUGAUCUAGAAAAUGGAGAUUCGAUGCUAAACAACACUUUCGUCGACUGGCUUCAUAACAUCGAUAGAAGUCUAGUCUGUAAGGUAUUGGCAGAGAUGUUGGGGACUUUCGUGCUAAUGUUCUGCAUUUGCGCGAUAAUAGCAAUAAUGCAUUUAAUAGGAGUGGAAGUAGGCCUAAUGGAAUAUGCAGCCACAGAAGCAUUGACAGUAACUGUCAUAGUUUUCUCUAUAAGAGCCAUUUCUGGAACCCAUUUUAAUCCUGCAGUCACAAUUGCUUUUGCAACUGUUGGUCCAUUUCCAUGGUCCAAGGUUCCACUCUAUAUAUUGGCACAAAUUGUGGGAUCUGCUUUGGCAACAUAUAUUGAAAGAUUAGUAUAUGGCUUAGAUCAGAGCUUGUGA